AUGGGAUAAAAAGUAUCAAUUUGCACUAGCAAUCUUCCAAAAAAUCGUGACUAGGGUCUCUAUGAAGAUAACACCUACAAUAGUGCUGAUGAAAUCAACUCUUAGUAAAGCACCAAGCCUCGCAAAGGUGUAAAACCAAUGCCUAACCCUAAUAAAAGAUUUGCUCAAGCUGAUAUGAAGCCAAAGGGCUUAAUGGGUAAAUUUUAAGGAGGCAGAAUUGGCAAGAAAGUGGCAAAAUCUUUCAAAGAGGACAAUAAUCAGGAUAGUACAGGUUUAGAUACACAGUCAAUAUUUUGGAGCACUAAAAGGCUUGCUGCCUCCUUGUGGAGAUUAUCAGAGACACAUAGACUCCUUGAGAAAUCAAAAAGCUAUGAAAAUCAGGAUAACUUGGAACUACGGUGGAAAGGAGGUAUACAUUAUCGGAUCAUUUACGAGCUGGGAGUACAUGAUCAAGAUGCAAAAGAACUAGAUGGCAAAGUAAGAUUUGCCCCAGAUUAGCCUUCAACUGUCGACAAGAAUGACAGGAUUAUCAAUCUCAUCUAGAUUGAUAAGUACAUGAUUUAGAGAGCUGAGUAAGAAAGAGACAACAAAGUCAAGAAUAUGAUGGACUGCUUGGCGACAGAAAACUCAUGGUGCCUCUCAGAGAAUUUUGAGAGAGACUGCAAGGAAAGAGGUCAGAUGAAGAUUGAUGACGACAUCAACUUCGAUUUGGAUAUUGUCACACACAGUGACGAUGAAAGAUUCAGACCCGAGCCCUGCAAUGCCUGUGAGGUCUCUCAGAACGUCCAAAAUAAGUGGGACUAAUAAGUCUCGCCAAAGUUCAAAAGACAAACAACAAAUAUUGUUUCUCAGUAAACAAUAGGAUAGAAGGAAAACAACCCUAGAUAGUAAACUACACAGCUCUCUAGAAAUUUUUCCAUUUACUUGGGUAUUGAGCCAGAGAAAAAAUGCGCUCAAAAAUUCAUCAAAUUCUGUCCCUCUUCCAGUUAUAUUGGAAAGGAGACUUUAAAUGAAAUAUCUUAAGUAUCCGCUCUCACAGCAUUGCUAGUCAUCCUAUGCCUAUCACAUUUAAUUGUAGCAGAAUAGAAAUUUGAUGACACAUGUAUGGAUAACUCAUGCUCCCACAUAGUCGACAAAGACACAGUUACGUACUUAAAAGUUAUUUAGGAAGAGGCCUUUAAUGUUUGGACAGGUUUCCUUGAGGGUUUUUAUGAUAGAGAUCCUCACUUAAAGAGAGCGAAAUGCAUGGGAGACACCUAGUUAUACCUUAUGGAAUAAAUUCUAUUAAGAUCUGAAUCAUUCUAAAGAGAGACCUUCUUCUUUGCAGUUGCAGGAGUAAUCAGUGAUGUUAUAAAAAUGAUCAUUAAUGUUAGAAGCAACUGCAAGGUAGACAUGUUUUUGUAGGACCUUAUUGGCUACUGUGAGGACCAUUGCGAGGGCCAUUAAGUCAUUCAGAGACUCUCAAAGAACUUCAACAAGCUCUCCAAGAUAUAUUAGGAAAUCAUGAAGCUGAUGCACGACUCUAACCCAGAGAACAUCAUUGAGUAAUUUAAGAUCUGUGUCCAGGUUGGGGGCAAGAUAGGAGAGCUCUUUAGACUAGCUAUAGGGUUCAGUAUGAGUGAUCAAGAAUAAAAGUGA